AUGGAGCAAGUGCGGUUGCAGUCAAGUUGCUUCCAGUACUGUGUUUUAUCAUUCCAGGAAGUUCUUGACUGGAGGUUUCUCAUUUCUGGAAACUUUCUGCUCGUUUCCUUUGCAAACUACACUUAG